AUUUUUAUAAAAGAACAAUAUCAUAGGGCAACUACUUUGAAAAAGUAACAAUUUGACGUAGUACAUUACGAGUCCAGCUGCUGGAAACGAACGAACGAUGUGGAUUAAGGCUUAGAAAGUGGGGCUGAAGCCCUCUAUGACUCCUCUCUUUCUCCGGGUUUCUCUUGGCGUGCUGCGUAACCAUCAGUUUCGAGCAACAGAAUCAACAAGAAAUGUAUGACAGUAAAGAAAAAGGUGAUCGAUUUGAUAUAUUAUCGUCUCGUACAGAAAAUACAUGCUAUACUAUAUUUACUACCUCCUCCUCUUCCUCCUUUCCGCUUCAUGAUUUUUGGGGGGACCCGAUUUUUACCUAUACGGCUUCUUUUUAUAAAUACUUGCCAUUCUUAUAAAGAUACCGGCCGUAAAUCGAUCUUUCUUUCUGCAUCAGCAGUGUAUGCACUGUUGUUGCUAUCAUUAUCAUCAGUACUAUUAAAUCUGCUAUAGUGCUAUUUUGUACAAAGUAGGCUUUUUUUAUCAGCCCCCUCAUUUUCUGUCAGAAAAUCAUUGAUGUCUCAUGGUGCUUAAAAUGAUAAGCCAAUACUACCAAAAAUGCAUGGAAAACCUCGCAUCUUUAAUUUAAUUCAUUUAUCAGCAACAAGCUUGAUAUACAUUAAGUAGGGUGACGAUGAUCGUCAUUGUUUAGAAUUAUACAA